ACAUUUUUCAGUUCUGUUCCAGUUCUACAUUUUUCCAUUUCUUUGGAAUUUCCUCUGACCCGGUAUUAGGUAGGAGGAAUACCUUAUGAUGAGUGUUAUGCAAUCUGCCGUAGGCCUUGUAUAACUCGUUACUCUCAUCAAUCUAUCUGGUUUCUUUCUUAAGGUUAUCCAUCUACUUUUAUGUAACGUGAUUGCGUCUCUAAACAUAACCUAAGUAAUGUGCGUAUGCCUAUUAUAUCAUUUUCUAUUCUUUUCUCUCCCUUGUGCGCGCGUAUAUAAAGCGAGUGCAAUGUAUUGUAUAUCAGAACUGGAAAAAUGUAGAACUGGAAAAAUGUAGAACUGGAACAGAACUGAAAAAUUGUACAAUGGAGUAGUGUUGUUAACAUUAUAUACACUGAGAAUAGCGGUAACGCUAUUCUCCCAGUUUCUCUUUGUGAUCACAAAUAAAAAAAAUAAAAGCUGCAGCAGUAACAACUUAAAUAAAUCAUCUACCAUCAUUAUAAUUUGUUACACUCAGGUCUAUUCAAUUUAGUAAUACCCAAAGAAUUGUCGAACAAGAAAUCAAUAACAACACGUCGUUCUUCAGCUAGCUUCGAUGAUGAAGGUUUUAUCUAUUUUCCAUCAGCAUGUGCCAAUGGUAAAAGAUGCUCAAUUCAUGUUGCCUUACAUGGAUGUCAACAAGGAAAACACGCUGUUGGAGAUGUUUUUGCUACAAAAGCCGGUUAUUUAGAAGUAGCUGAAUUAAACGAUAUCAUUAUGAUCUUUCCACAAGUUCGAAAAUCAUUAAUGCUUCCAACAAAUCCAAUGGGUUGCUGGGACUGGUGGGGAUACAGUGAAGUCUAUUAUGCUACUCAAAAGGCUCCACAAAUGAGAGGUAUCAAGAGUAUGAUUGAUACUGUACACACAAUCACAAAAGUAUUUUCUGAAACCGAAUAA